CCCGCCCUCCAUCGUCAGUCCAGCAUGGGCCAGACCACCAGCAAACCCAAUUCUAACCUCUUCCAGAACUCCAAUUUCUUCUCCUCUUAUAAGCGUGGCUUCACCAGCAGUCCCUCCGACGAUCAGAACAUGUCCCUUCGACCGAGCAUCUUCUCCACACUAAGGAAGCCCCCAGUCUCCAAACCCAACGAUUUCAUACCUCUAUUCAAUGACUGCAUCUCUGCCGCCUCAUCCAGAACUCAAGAAUACCUCCUCUUCAAAGACCCAGAGGACAAAUUCUACCCAAACCCUGAGGUGCUCACUCAGGUCUUCCUGAUGACCUACAUCUCUCAGAGCGUCAGCCUCAAUAUGACAGACGCCUUCAACUGCACGGCCAUGACGCCCGGGCAGCGAAUCCUCCUGGGGGCUGAUUGGGUCUGGGCCGUGCUGGAGAAGCCCACCAAGAACCCUCGGAUCCAGAUUGCUGUGCAGGUCCUACACCUGCCUGACAGGGAGGAUGCAGAGGAGAACAGCAUCCCCCCGGAGGCCUUCAGCGAGUCUGUCCAGAUUGCCCAGAAGGAGUCCAGCAACAAGACAAUGUACGAGAGGAUGGUGGACUUCUGUACAUCCAUCGGCAAGGACUGCUACGCCCUCUUCUUGUUUUUGGGGAGGAAAAGCGACAAGGAGAAUAUCUAUGGCGUACUCAGCAACAACUUUGAGGCCGCCAUCGGGAAGUGCAACAAGAUUGACAGAGCUUUUAUUGAGAACUUCUUCAAAGGUUCAAGGUAUCUCCAUACACCUCAAGGAAUGAUGCAGGCCAUUGUCACUAAGAAAGAGGGAGACCCUCUCACUCUCAUGAUUAAAUUCAGCUAAACCAAAGGAACUCGUAAUAUAUAAUGGCUAAUAAGAUGAUACUGUAAUGCAUUUUAUUUGGUAGAAAUGUGGGAGCUAUUGAUGUAUCUCUUGAAAAAACAACCUCCAGACCUACUAAGAUGUUGAGUUUGAUAAUGUGCAAGGCCUUUAAGAGACAGUACUGAUUAUUUUCAAUCUAUCCUAGUUGUUGUUGGCACUUCUUACAAGUUAUAUAGUGUUUAAGUUUACUGGAUAACUGGUAACUGGAAAGCUAGGCAGAUGCUAAUGCAGUGUGAGACACUAACACAAUGGCACUUUCAAAUGAAGAUAUUAAUAACAUGGAGAGUUUUAGAAAACAACAUUUCUUUCUCCUUUAUGUUUUCUUAUCUAAUAUCAUAUUGUUUAAAUGAUGUUACCAUGAUACAUUAGUAUACAAUGUGAUCAAAAAAGGUACACAAUUAAAAUAUUUCUUUUUGUCAUGUAUCAAACAUUAUUAAGUGAAAU